AUGAGCGUUUUACCGUCGACAACUUACCAAUCCCCGCCUCGGCUGGCCCGCGGACGACAGCUUAAUACUAUUAUCGAAGAGAAGGAAGAUGGUAGUCAAGGGGUGAAAAGUGACAGCGAAGGAGAUGGAAGUGAUUCGACGAUCAUCGGUCGUCCUGCGGCUUGGAAUCCUCAGCUCUUUACAGUAGCUCCUCGAAAGAGCUCUCUCGCCACGACCACAUACGCCGCGUCACCAGUAUCCUCGUGCGAGCCAUCUCCAGCUAGCAGCGCUAGCGAUGGAUUUCCACGCAACUCAGUCAGGAGUUCUUCCUCCGACAGCGAAGCAGGGACAGUUUUCAGUGAUGACUGUCCAUCUCUUGCCAGCGACCCAACCACAUUCGCCUCUGAAUCUAGCAGGAGCAGUUGUUCCAGUACCAGAUCAAGUCGAAACAGGUAUCCAGCCUUGAUCAUUCCUCGCGAUUCUUGGGGUACAGUGGACAGCAGUCCGAUCAAAGAAAUAGCCUACGGCAUGUCACCAGCCACAAAGAUUCGCCUCUCUCCCACAACAUUGUCAGCCCUGUCAAGAUCUGUACCUGCAGCAAAUGCACCACCCUCUUUGGGCGACAGCAACAGUACCGCGUCUGAGUCUCCCUGUGUUCAAGGGUUGAGCGCUCCGGUGACCCCAGACCUGAGGCAGCUUGAGGUCGAACAAGGUUCGAGCUGGGGUGUCUCACCGAGUGCACCUGCAGUCCAUGCACAGCAUCUCGAAAUUGCACUCGACGAUGGCCACAGUGUAAUCUUCUCGCCAGCAGAAGCCCAUUCCAACCACUCAUUUUCCAAUAUCCUCUCUCCUACAGCAACAGCGUGGACGGAGAUGGUCGUCAGCUUUCCUCAAGUACCUGGGGCCACACCACAAGAUAUUUCACCCUUAAUGCCUACACUUGAUGAGUUGAAAACCUUCGAGGAAGUCAAACCACGAUCCAACGGGUCAGAUCCUGGUGUCCGUCUACCACCGGAUGCAUUGCAAAUCCUUCAGCGCCUGGCAGGCAAUGGGAGUGCGGAAAAUCUCUCGACUUCUUCAGGCUCAGGAUCGGGCUCAUCAAAGAAACCCGGAAGACGUCAAGAAAUGCGCGAGCUGUUAGAUCCUCACCUCAUAAACAGACCACGCAGUGCAGAUGGAGAGACUCCGAUAUCCGACUAUAGCUUUACUCAACUCAGUAUUCCGUCUCCCGGAGGAUUCUUCUCGUCUUUGCAGAGUGGGUCUCGUCAUACCUGGUGCCUGAACAAGUCCAGAGCUCCAAGUAUACCAAAUACUGCCACGGCCGAAACAUUCUACAACCGGCCUUGGGACAAUUCAAGUUCAAGUAACGAGGUAGAAACUGUUCUGGAUGUCGAUGACACAAACUUGACCGAAGGUCCACCCACCGCACGACAGGCACUUUUUGAUAUCAACACUAGUCCCAAAGGUCAAAAAGCAAAAAGUCGAGGAUCUGAAGACGAUGAUCUCUACGGCCCAGGUGAUGAUGUGAAGCCACCACAAGAUCCAAGAAAGGCCAGCUUCGAGUAUGACGAGAAGUAUUUCGACGAGCUUAAGCACAACGCGAGCCGAAACCUACACUUGACGGGGUCGUGGCUUGCCGCUCAAACCGGAUAUUUAUCUGCAAUACUCGACUCCGACCCUAACGACAAUCAAGAUGAGAAAAAGGGUGGCGAAGAAGAGAAAGCUAAACCUGACCUUGCGGCGCGUCGGACAGUGAUGUUCUCGGACAAUGUCAACGUUGAUGCAGCUGUAGCUGUCGCGCCGUCGAAGAAGCAGCUGUCCAGUACGGAACCAGACACCAAGGAAGCUGUGUUUUUGAAUGCAUUCCGCUAUAUGCUCAGUAAUCGCAAACGACGCGAUGCAUUCAUCCAUGCUAGUUCCCGGCUAGAGGCUAUACAAGCCUUCCGCGUGGCUCUUCCAGAACAACACAUCACGAAUUUAUUAGGUCAACAUAUCCUCCUAGAGCAUAAGAGACCAAAAUAUGCAGGCCCGUUCAGUCAGAACCCUCGAGCCACAGGUAUCUUUGAGCAGACCUCCGAACAGAUAGCGUUCAAGACUGCCGAGCGUGAGCAGCUCGCUCUUGCCUCUAUCGAACCAUCCAGCUGGCAAAUUGAUGCCCUGAGAACGAUGUAUGGAGGGCGUCUCCUUGCCUCCGCAGCGGCAUGUCAACGCCUCAAGACGAAGUCCACAAUUCCCCUCGACCAUCCUAAUUGCGUUGGCAGUAAAAGGAUUCGCAUUCUCGACAUAGGCGGUACAUCAUGUGCAUCAUGGGCGUGGCAUGCGGCUCUUGAAUGGCCCAAUGUCAAGAUCUACACAGUCAUCACCAAAGAGCAAUCUCAAUCGCAAAGACCGCAAGGAAAGCCUAAACCUGAAGCACCCAAAAACCAUCGGACGGUCUCUGUUCCUCAUCUUUGGCAAUUACCUUUCCGCAGUGGCCAUUUCGACGUCAUCUCGGCACGGUCACUUCACGUCCUGCUGAAACACAAUCCCGUGCCAGGUGUUCCCGAGAUUGACGAAUGGGAUCUGGCAUUGCGUGAAUGUCAGCGAGUGUUGAAGCCGGGCGGUUUCAUUGACUAUAUGAUUAUGGACUCGACAAUCGCCCAUGCCGGACCACGAGGAGAUGCCAUGUCUGUUGAAUUUGGCUUCGAAUUGCACCGCCGAGGAUACGAACGCGAAGCAGCCCGAAGUUGGUUGCGCAGAGUGAAAAAAGAGGGCUUCACUGGCGUCAAGAGAGCAUGGGUAUUCGUGCCCAUGGGCCGAAAACCUCCAAAGGAAGUUGAAGAGAGCGUCCACGGCUACAUUGGUGGAUGGCAUUCGUGGCGUCAAGGAGCCAAACCUUUUGUCCCAGCGCCGCGGCCGAUCAGCGAAGUGUCAACAAUUAGCAAGAUCGUAAAGCAAUACAUGGACGUGGAAGCUGUCCAGGGACCUGUCGGGAGCACAGAGGAUGUUGCAGACUUGACUGGAUUGCUUGGUGCUAGGAUGUGGGAGGAGUGGCUGGUCAAGGUUCGAGCCGAGUCUGGUAGAGAACAGGCCCGUUGGCUCGAGGGUGUUGACGAGAUGAUUGAAGAAGGUAAGGAAUAUGGGUCAGGCUGGAAGCUACUGAUCGGUUGGGCGAGGAAGCCAAUGCCUGAAAAGGGGAAGAAGGCUGAACGUGCCGAGAUCACUGUGGCAGUAGAGGAUCUGGAAGAACUGAGUCCGACUUCCGAGGAGUGCACGGAGAUGGGUAUGAUUCCUAUGGUCAUCCAAGAAUGA